GUCUUGGUCGAAUACUCAACCAUGUCCUCACUUCUUACUCCCUGACUCUGGGUGGUUUGACGAAGUUGAUGCGAGCGUCACACAGUAUGAGGUGCGUUUCCAUGUCCACACCUAUCGCUCUUGCCUCCCUUAAUCACCACUCACAACCACCUCUUCCUCAGCCCAAGCGCAUUGAACCUACAACCCUACCAAAAACUAAGCGCCCUCAACCACCACAGCGGCAGCCCUCCGUCAUCCAAAUCGAAAGAGCCAUCGGUGCUGGCAUUUUCCGCGACCGCGACCCCAGGGGUUCCGAGCAAAACAAGACUCUAUUUGACCUACUUUUGUCCAAUUCUAUUGGCAAGACCGAAGGGUCUGUCGAAAAGAAGCUCCGCGAGACUGGCGAAUGGAUCAUUGAUAGAGCAGAGGGGACGUCACGCUCUGCUGCAAAGCAAAUUCUAAUGGUUACGUUUCUAUGGGUUCUACCAACAUGGACUCUGUUGCUCCUAGUAGCUUCCGGAGUCUUAAAGCUACCAUUCAGCAUUCCAUUUCUUGAAAACCUCAUUAUGUGAACAACAAUUUCCAUCUCAGUUCAAGCCCUGGCUCCAGCGUGACUGCUAGCUGUGUCUAUUCCAUGAUCCAGCUUACAUAUCAAUUUGACAUCCUAUACCAACGGCCAUCGCUUAUUCUGAUGGGUGUCCCAGGGAAGCGGGCACAAGAGUUGCUUGGGUUCUGUACAGGUACUGUGGUGGACCCAUCCUUCUAAGUUGUUUUCCUGGGAUAAACCGUAUGUGUGGCUUCCAGCAUCCUUAUCACUAGUUCAAUAUGAUAUUAUUUUUUAAUAUGGUA